GCUGUGAUCUCUUCAAUAAUAACAUCCGGGUGACUUGUGGAACGGUAACGUCUAGUGGAACGGCAACAGGAAGUGGAGUCGGGUUCGGAGGCAGCAGGUUCCUGUAAGGUGUGAGGAUGUCACUGUCUAUCUCUGCGUGGAGAAAUUGGAGUAUGUAGAGGAACACAGGGCUUUGUACAAGGACGUGAUGAUGGAGAAUCACUGGCCCCUCGCAUCACUGGUCACUGUGUGUUUCCUACAGAUGGACCCUGUAACAGAGAUACCCCAGAGAGAUCUUCCUGUCCCCUUUAUUUCCAAGACUGUACAGAGGAGAAUCACAGGAUGCCACAGGAGUAUCCGGGUGAAGACCUGGCUGAUGUUAAGGUAGAAGAUAUGAAGGAAGAAGAAGAGGCGUAUGUGAGGGAGGAUCAGCAGUGUAAGGAGGAGGAAAUCCCUACAGAUAUCAGCACAGAUGGACCCAGUAACGGAGAUACCGCAGAGAGAUGUCCCCGUCCUCCUUAUUCCCAGGACGGUACAGAGGAGAAUCACAGGACCCCACAGGAGGAUCAGGGUGCAGUAGAAAAUAUAAAGAGAGAAAAAGAGAUGUAUGUGAUGAGAGAUCAGCUGUGGAAGGAGGAGGAAGUCCCUACAGAUAUCAGCACAGAUGAAGACAAAAGGAAGCAUACCAUGACGGGAGAUCUAAGUGUGUGUCCUGAUUUUAAAUUAGAAGAUAACAUCAUACGAGAUUCUCCAGAAGAAAAUCCAAUUACCUCAAAUAUGCAUCCACUACUUCAUAGUACGGAAAGAUCAUCUGAUCCUUCAACUCAAGUGGAAUCUACUAAUACCUCAGUCAUUUUUACACAUAGUACAGGUGAUACAGUCUUUCCCUGUUCUCAGUGUGGGAAAUGUUUUAAUAAUCAAUCAGAUCUUAUUACACAUCAUCAAAGUCACACAGUCGAGAAACCAUUUCCAUGUUCUGAGUGUGGAAAAUGUUUUCCUCAGAAAUCAUUUCUUGUUAGACAUGAGAGACAUCACAUGGAUGAGAAACCAUUUCAGUGUUUUGAGUGUGGGAAAUUUUUUAUACAGAAAUCAGAUGUUGUUAGACAUCAGAGAAGUCACACAGGUGAGAGGCCAUUUCCAUGUUCUGAAUGUGGGAAAUGUUUUACACAGAAAUCACAUCUUCUUAUACAUCAGAGUAGACAUUUAGGUGAAAAUCCAUUUCCAUGUUCUGAAUGUGGCAAAUGUUUUACACAAAAAUCACAUCUUAUUACACAUCAGAGAACGCACACCGGUGAGAAGCCAUUUCCAUGCUCUGAGUGCGGGAAAUGCUUUAUACAGAAAACACAUCUUAUUAUACAUCAGAGAAGUCACACAGGUGAGAAGUCCUUUCCUUGUCCUGAGUGUGGCAAAUAUUUUACACAGAAAUCAGAUCUUGUUAUACAUCAGAGAAGUCACACUGGUGAGAAGCCAUUUCCAUGUACCGAGUGUGGGAAAUGUUUUACACAGAAAUCACAUCUUGUUAGACAUCAGAGAAGUCACAGAGGUGAGAAGUCAUUUCCAUGUAUUGAGUGUGGCAAAUGUUUUACACAAAAAACACAUCUUAUUACACAUCAAAGAAGUCACACAGGUGAGAAACCAUUUAUAUGCUCUGAGUGUGGGAAAUGUUUUGCACAGAAAUCAGAUCUUGUUAGACAUCAGAGAAGUCACACGGGUGAGAAGCCAUUUCCAUGUUCUGAGUGUGGGAAAUGUUUUACACAGAAAUCAGAUCUUCUUACACAUCAGAGAAGUCACACAGGUGAGAAGUCAUUUCCAUGCUCCGAGUGUGGGAAAUGUUUUACACAGAAAACAAAUCUUGUUACACAUCAGAGAAGUCACACAGGUGAGAAGCCAUUUCCAUGUUCUGAGUGUGGGAAAGGUUUUAAACAGAAAUCAACUCUUGUUAGACAUCAGAGACGUCACACAGGUGAGAAACCAUUUCCAUGCUCUGAGUGUGGCAAAUAUUUCAGAGAUAAAUCAGCUCUUCGUACACAUCAGAAAAUUCACACAAGAGAAAGGCAAUUGCUAUGAAGCUAGUAGACAUACAACCUGGUACAUCACUGCCCAACAUAUAGUAAAUAUAACAAAAGUAAUUGAUUUUAUUUAUCUGAAUUAUAAAAACAGGUAUACAUUCACAGACCUUAUAGUAAUGAUGCUGGAAUGAAAACAACAGUUACACAGUAUAGUAUCUCAUUACAAUUAAAUUACUAUUCACAAACAAA